AUGAACAAGUUCUUCAUAUUUUCCAUCACGUUCUUUGUCAUGUUAAAACUGGCGUUCUAUUUUGUCAGGAACGCGGAAAAUGGCCCGGCUGCGAUCAGGGCCUGCUGCAAUGCAGUAAAGUGGUCACCUGUUAUCUUUAUUAGUGCCAUCGUUAUUUGGUCAUAUUAUGCCUAUGUCGUGGAGAUGUGUAUUUUCACAUCAGAUCAAAUAUGGGAGAAAGUAAUCCUGCUGCUUCUGUACCAUCCGGUGCUUUUUAUGUUUCUGUGGUCUUAUUGGCAAACAAUAUUCACAAAGAGUGGAAGAGUACCUCGCGAUUUUUACUUACCAUCAGGUCUAGCAGAGCGAUUAGAGUCAGAACAAAAUGAAGAAGUACAAAAAGAAAUGUUGAAACAAAUUGUUAGAAAUCUUCCGGUUCAGACCCGCACUAUCUCUGGUUUCCCAAGAUAUUGUGAAAAAUGUAAAUGCAUCAAACCAGACCGAUGUCAUCACUGCUCAGUGUGUGCUACAUGUGUGUUAAAGAUGGAUCACCACUGUCCUGGUAAGGUUAACAACUGUGUAGGUUUUACCAACUAUAAGUUCUUUGUGCUGUUCUUGGGCUAUGGUCUUCUUUAUUGCUUUUAUGUGGCAGUCUCAUCAUUGAAAUUUUUUAUUCAGUUUUGGACGGGUGGCUCAGCACGUGGAAUGGAGCGCUUCCAUGUUCUUUUUUUGUUUUUUGUCUCCGUUAUGUUUGGCAUCUCGCUUAUCUCCCUGUUCUGCUAUCAUCUAUACUUGGUGUGCAAGAAUAGAUCUACACUUGAAGCAUUCCGAGCACCAGUAUUCCAGACAGGCCCAGACAAAGAUGGGUUUAACCUUGGCCGAGCUUCAAACUUCCGAGAGGUGUUUGGAAAAGAUAAAACUCUUUGGUUUUUACCAGUGUUUUCCAGCCUGGGAGAUGGCGUAUCAUUCCCAUCGCGCUUACAGCCUGUAGUGACUUAUAACACCAUGGGAAACACACCCAGCGUAGGGAAUGGAGUAACCUAUCCUACACGAAUGGUUGACAAUGAUAAUGAUGGCUUGCUGGGUGCUCGACAACGCUGGAUGGAGGAAGGGGGAGAAGAGAAUGAUGCAGGAUCAGGUUUUGAAAACAAAGGGAUGGACAUGGCGUAAUCAACCCAGACCAAAAUGACCAGCUUUAGUACAAGAUGAAGAUCAUCCUUUCCUGUGAUGUUACAGAUAAUGUAAUCCUGAGUAAUGUUCAGAUCUCU